GGCACUGCAUCAAACUCUCUCUCACCUCCACCUGUCUCUCUAUCCCUCUGUCCCACUGCACAGGUCUCUCUGUCAGACUGUGCCUAUUUGUCUUUCUCCAUCUUUAAACCUGACUCCUUUACUUCUCUGCUGGAAACACUGCUGUUUUUGAAGAUGUCUAAGGAGGAGCAUGUUCUUGGCGAUGUUGAGGAGUAUUUUCAGGAACCCGGUCCAACUGUCACAUUCAGCAACUUGAUCUACUGUGUUCAGGACAAGAGGUUGUGUUUUAAGAGUGGUCCUGAAAAAUGCAUCCUCAACGAUGUAAGCGGCAUCAUGAGACCUGGGAUGAAUGCCAUUAUGGGUGCAACCGGAAGUGGUAAAACAUCACUUCUGGAUGUAAUCGCAGGAAGAAAAGACCCAGCUGGACUGAAGCAGGGACAAGUGUUGGUGGCUGGAAAAGCUGUCUCAUCUGAACUCAGGCUCAGCUCUGCCUAUGUGGUCCAGGAUGAUAUCCUGAUGGGCACUUUGUCUGUGAGGGAGAACCUUCUGUUCAGUGCCAACCUGCGCCUCAACCCUCGUGAUCACUCCACCGCUGAUAAAAACAGAAGAGUAGAUGCCAUCAUACAAGACCUGGGCCUGACAGACUGUGCAGGUACAAAGAUAGGAACAGAGUUUCUGCGUGGUGUAUCUGGAGGGGAGAGGAAGAGGUGCAGUAUCGGGAUGGAGCUCAUUACCUUGCCUUCUCUGCUCUUCCUGGAUGAACCGACCACUGGACUGGAUUCUAACACUGCAAACUGUAUCAUCAAUCUACUGUACAGACUGUCAAGAAGAGGUAAGACUGUGAUCUUCUCCAUCCACCAGCCACGCUACUCCAUCUUCAGAAAGUUUGACCAUCUGACUCUGAUGCAUAAAGGCGAAAUGGUGUACGCAGGAGCAGCAGACCAUACACUGGAAUACUUCACACACCUUGGCUACCAAAUUGAGUCCUUCGACAACCCUGCUGAUUUCUUCAUGGACAUCACAAAUGGAGAGGCAAAAUCAACACUAGAAACCCUUACUACAGCAGAUUGUAAAAACACAUUGGCAACCAAGUACCGCCAGUCCCAGCUGUGCCAGAAAGUGCUUGAGGAGUUGAACGUGGACAAGAGCCUUGCUGAAGGGGUCAAAUGUCAAGACGAGCCCGUAGACUACGUUACAUCUUUCAGCUAUCAGAUGCGUGUGGUGUGUGGCAGGACCGUGCUGAACAGUCUGAGGAACCCCCAGACGUCUUACGCUCAGUUAGCUCUCAACAUCUUCUUUGCGCUUCUGGUGGGACUCAUUUAUUACCAAAUGCCCUUAACACUGCCCGAGGCUGUACAGAACAGGGGUGGAGCGUUCUUCUUCCUUAUCAUCAACAUGGUGUUUGGGAAUCUCUCUGCUGUUGAACUCUUUAUCAAUGAAAGGGCGAUAUUCAUUCACGAGAACUCCAGUGGCUAUUACCGUACUUCUGUUUACUUCCUGUCCAAGAUCUUCGCUGAUCUCAUCCCCAACCGCAUCAUCCCCAUCUUUAUUUUUUCAGCCAUCGCCUACUAUAUGAUGGCAUUGAACCCUGCCUUUGUGGCCUUCCUGUGUUUCGCGCUGACCAUGUCUCUGGUCAGUCUGGCGGGAGUUGGUCUGGCCUUCCUCGUGUCAGCGAGCGUAUCUUCAUUUGCCAUGGCUAACAUCCUCAUUGCUCUACCCUUCGUCUUCAUGAUGGUCUUUGGUGGUUAUCUUGUCAAUCUCAACAGCAUGCUGAUCUGGCUCUCCUGGCUGAAAUGGAUCAGUAUAUUCAGAUAUGGACUAAAUGCUGCAUUCAUCAAUGAGUUUUCAGGACAGUUUUUCUACAGCAACACCACCAAGGUCCCAGGGGAGGUGUUUCUGGAAAUGCAGGGCCUUGACUACUCCGUGUGGGGCUUCUGGCAGAACCAGGUCGCUCUGCUGGGAAUCAUCCUGGUCUGCAUGUUCCUGGCCUACGUACAGCUGAGACGAAUCAACCGUUGGAAAUAAUGAUCGUCCAUCUGUUAAUGUAUCCCUCAAGCACGCACUGAUUCUUAUUUAUGUAUACAUUCAUUUUGUGGGAAAAUAACUUACUUGAAUAUGUAAUAUGAAUUAACCUUUUUGAUGGGAUUAUUUCAAUUACUAUUUAAAAUAUUUGUUGAAGAUCAUACAUGGAAUAUCUCUUACUCGCUCAAAUAGAUAAACAAACUCACGUGUUGUAACAUUAGUAACAGAGGAAGUUAAGCUGCCACUAAGCACACACUAGGAGGAAAUCUAAUUCCCUACAAAGCUACUUACAUUGAGUGAGACAACUUUGGGCACAUUGAAGAAAAGAUGGUAACAAAUUCUAAAAAUAGUUGUUUUUUACAGUUCUCCAGUAAAAAAUGGAACAAUUUUCUUUUUAUUCAUGCCUUGCAGAGACAGGUAGAGAACUAUUUUCAGUCUAAUACACCACAUUUGUUACGUUUUUCCUGUUUGAAAAAUAUAUAUUGAUAACUUAUCAACAAAAAAUAUGAACAUAAACUCACAGGAUCCUUGCUGUAAAUCUUGAUCAUAGUGCAUGAAAAAAGAGUUGCAUUACAAAUAAAGCAUUCAGAAAUCACAUUUCCCUGGCAUUAAGGUUGGAAAAUCAUCUUAUACUACUCUUUCCACGGUAUCAAAGAUACAUUCUAUUAAAUGUUGCUCAAGCUCCAGCUAUAAGCUAUAUAUUUACAUUAAAUAAAGUGAAAUAAUCAAA